AACGCGGCCAAAAUGGCGGCGCAUUACAGUGUUUACUUCUCCUAACCUGUCUGUUACGCCUUGCCGGAAACUUUAUAGCUGUCUAAGCGUAUUUAAAUUUUAGUCACAGUUUAUUUUAUGAUGUUAGAUAAUAAGAAAUAGGCCAAAAUGUCUGUGGAAUCAGCCAAAACCAUGCGGGUCGUCCCAACUGGACAAAUUUACCGGCAAAUGUUUGACGCGCAGCUUCAGCUGAAUCGCAGUUUAUCUCGCUAUGACUCUGAGUCGAGAAUUCAACGUCUCAAGUCAAGAGAACUGUCCCAGUCCCAAAGCCUCCCUCUGAUCCGACUGGAUAAAGAAGACACACAGCACGGCAUCCUCACCAGCAGACAGAAAACGUGGAUCGGUGGAUUUCCUAAUGAUCCUUACACAGAGAAUCCUGUAUUGUACAAACAAUAUACAGAUUUUGUCAGCCAAAAGGUCCGUGAGUCUGACAGUUCUGUUGGUGGAAAAGAAGUUCGGGGUUUGCCGGAUAUUGUAGUUCCUUCCAAACAGGGCUCUGACAUUGUUGAGAGAAUAGCAGAGAGCAGAAGGCAACGACAUGAAUCAGCAGUUGAGGACAUGCACCAAGAGCUCAGUGUCAUCAGCACGGAAAUGGAACCUAAGAUUGAACAGUUGUCGUCCAAAUUACUUCAAAAACUGGCUGCAGAUGAUGGAGAGAUUACCAAGAUUCUUACCCGCAUUGACAAGGAUGAGAAACUGUUGGAGUACCAGCUCCCUGACCUUUUUGCCCUUUGGGAGGAGGUUCAAGGUCAUAGUCCAAAUCGUCAGUCGUGGAUUUCAGAUCUGGAUAUGGACCUCAAACAAGUGGAAGCUGACCGCAUGUCCAAGAUCCGGGAUGUAUUCACCAACUAUGGAGAAAAACUUCAUAAAAUUGCGCACUUGAUGGCGCCGGAUCUGCAGAGGUUCAUGGACAAAGAGUCGCAGAUGAUAAAUCAGACGAUGCUGAGCAACCGACGCUCCUUCGCGGAUCUGUUCGUGCGGCUGGUGUCUGCCGACGUGGAGCGAGAGAAGACGCAGCGCACCAUGUGGCGCCGCCGAGUGGAGGACUGGAAGUCGCUCAAUACCAAGCUGGCUGUGGAGAGUUUCAACGACAUGAAGCCGCCCAACUCCACCAAGUCGGCCGUGUAUCGCUGGAGACAGGAUGUGAAGAAACUGACCGCUGAGCUGGACAACAUAACACAGAUCCAUAUGGCCAAGCUGCACGAAGAGUAUGAGAACGUCUGUCAGAUGUGCCUGGAUAAGGUGGAGGAGAUCAAGGUGUCUCUGCUGAACUCUGGUGUGUGCUCGGAGCACCGUGUGAGCCAGGUGGUGGAUGAGUUCAUGCUGCCUCUGGUGGGGGAGCAACAGAGGGUCUUUGAGAGGAACCUGGAGAGGAUGGAGAAAAUGACAGAAGAACACAACGCGCGCAUGGAGGAGGAGCUGACAGCGCUGUUCAAGUUCUCCCAGGGUGCGGCACACCUGUGGGACGUGCACGAGAUCGGGCUGGCGCGUCAGGAGCGUGCUCUGCAGGAGAAGCUGGAGGCGUGUAGGAGGGACCACGAUCAGACCAACCAGGAGAAGGAAGCCAACCUGGACAUUGUGAUGGACCGCAUGCGGCAGGACGCGUCGGAGCUGGCGCUCAAGGACAGUCUGAUCCGAGCUCUGUCUAUGCUGGAGAAAAUCAGGGAGUCGUACGAAGAGUUCCACAAGCAGCAGUCAGAGAUCGUGUGCACGUAUCCAGACAUGGUACAGGAGGAGCUGGACAGCUACGACGGCAGCAUCUGUCGAUUCUUUACCGUCACCCGCAAGAUGGUGAGGCCGACCGAUCUGGACCCGCCCUACGACAUAGAAGAAGCCGUUCUGGAGACGCUGAUGACGUCACGAGGUACCGAGUUCUACGUGCUACGUCAGUCGCCGUCAGAGAAGGACGCCGGGGACACGGAGAAAGGCGCCGGUGGCAGUGAGGAGGGAGGAGGAGGAGGAGAAAAGGGAGGGAACGGAGAAGAGAAGGAUGAGGAGAAUGAGGAGGAUGGAGACAAUGCUUUCCUCACCGAGGUGGAGGGACAGGAGGAGGGGGCUUUCUCGGAGGACGAGAUGCCGGAUUUUAUACAGAGCAUCCACGUGCCGGCCUUGCUCAUCAUGGACGUGAAGAAAGCAAUCCGGCAGAACUUCAUCGAGCAUGUGGACGUGUGGGCGGAGCAGGCCGUAGAGAGGGCGGACAGUGUGGUCAUCGCCAAGUGCGAGGAACUCAACAGCGAGCUGGACCUCCGCCUUCACCUGCACCAACCCCGACCUCGCCGGGCGGAGCUGGACGUGCACAACGUGAGAGCUGCCGAGCUGGUGAUGCACGCGGAGCGGGUGAACCGUCACUCCCACGGCAUGGAGCAGAGUCUCCGUGACCUUAACACCAGGUUCAAGGCCAUGACCCACGAGCACAACAAGCUGGCCAACAAGUUCCGCAGCGACAUCGAGGCUCUGGAGGUCAUCUUUGUCAACGCGACCAAGUCUGCCAGGCUUGUGAAACUCCAGAACCAGGUCACUGUGGAACUGGACAAGUUUAUGUCCGUCAUCCGUGCCUCGUUACGUCAGUUCCGCCAACACCUGGACGAGACGCUCCAGAUGCUUCGAGAAUCCAACGCCAGGUUCAUCAAGUCCUUCAAACUGUUCUCCGAGGGAGGCAACUUCUGCCCUGAAGAGAUCGAAGAGUACAGGAAGAAGCUGGAGAAGAUGUCGACCAUGAUAGACACGUCAGAGGGGUCCAUCAUGUCAGACCUGGAGGGGAUGGAGUCCAAGAGGCUUGACAAUGCCACCAAGAUAGCCGUCGAGUUUGAGGACAGGUUCAAAGGUCACAUGAGUGACCUGGUCUUUAUGGAGCGCGUGGCUCGCUGGCUGACCAACACCCAGGUGAAGAUCAAGGCCGAGGUGGCCAGCAGUAACACCCAGGCCCAGCGACUGGUCAGUCUGCUUGACCAGCUGGAGCGCCGCAUCGACGCCUGUGACAAACCCAAUCUGGACAAGGAGCAAAUCACGGCGACCCAACUGAACGACUCUCUCCCCGCCAUUUUCGAAGCGUUCGUGAACCGCAGCGAGUACCUCAAUUGUCUGAAAUCUGGGCCCAGCACCACGGCCGUGUCCCAGGGCGGAAUGUGCAACCUCAAAUUCUCAGAGGAGUACUGGACACAACGGAGCAAGAUGAGGUUCGGUAUGGAUGCUGAGCUUGACGGAGAUUCAA